UCAUGGAGACCGGACCUUUUUAAAAAAGAAUGACUUUCUCUGACCGGAUUAAUGCCAGCUUGAAUGGGAACCUCACGGGAGAGGAGUCUGGCGGGUUUAACGGGUCCUGGGCAGGAGAGGAUGUUAGUUCUAACAGCAGCAACUCCUCCUUGGCUCUGAGGUUGACCCUGCAGUCCGUGGGGGUGGGGGUCUUCCUGGCCAUCUUCAUCCUCUCGGCCAUCGUGGGCAACAUCCUGGUCAUCCUCUCGGUGGCCUGCAACCGUCAGCUGCAGACGGUGACCAACUACUUCAUCAUCAACUUGGCCAUCGCCGACUUGCUCCUGAGCACCACCGUCUUGCCCUUCUCGGCCACCUUGGAGGUGCUGGACCUCUGGAUCUUUGGCCGCAUCUUCUGCGACAUCUGGGCAGCGGUGGACGUCCUGUGUUGCACUGCCUCCAUCAUGAGCCUGUGCAUCAUCUCCGUGGAUCGUUACAUCGGGGUCAAGUACUCGCUCAAAUACCCCACCAUCAUGACCGAGAAGAAGGCUGUGAUCAUCUUGGUGGUGGUCUGGCUCUCUUCCAUGGUCAUCUCCAUCGGGCCCCUCUUGGGCUGGAAGGAGCCUCCGCCGGACAAUGAGGAACACUGCGACAUCACCCAGGAGCCCGGCUAUGCCCUCUUCUCCUCCCUCUUCUCCUUCUACUUGCCCCUGCUGGUCAUCCUGGUGAUGUACUUCAACAUCUACGUGGUGGCCAGGAGGACCACCAAGAGCUUGGAGGCCGGAGUCAAGAGAGAGCGGGGCAAGUCCAUGGAGGUCGUGCUACGGAUCCACUGCCGCAGCGUCCUCGAGGACUCCCUGGCCAGCACCAAGGGCAAAGGGCACACCUUCCGGAGCUCCCUCUCGGUGCGCCUCUUGAAAUUCUCCAGGGAGAAGAAAGCCGCCAAGACGCUCGCCAUCGUGGUCGGCGUGUUCAUUCUCUGCUGGCUGCCUUUCUUUUUCGUACUGUCUUUCGGGUCCUUCUUUCCUUCUGUGAAGCCCGAGGGAAUGUCCUUCAAGAUCAUCUUCUGGCUGGGAUACUUCAACAGUUGCGUGAACCCCAUCAUCUACCCUUGCUCGAGCAAAGAGUUCAAAAGGGCCUUCAUCCGGCUGCUGAAAUGUCAGUGCCGCCGGAGGAGAAGGCCCAUCUGGAGGGUGUACGACAAGCACUGGCGGGGCGCCUCCAUGAACGGCUCUGGCCAAGAAUCCGAGAGGGAGCCAAGGUCCCGGGUGUCUACCCUCAACGGCUCCUUCAUAUUGAACUCCGGCAGCUUGGAAAGACCCAGCAAGAGGAGAACUCUGAACUUCAAACGGUGGAGAAUGUUCUCCCCUUUCCAAAAGCCGACGACACAGUUCAAAGAAAAAAUGAACAGCCUCUCAAACAAGAUACGGGCGGGGUCCGUCAAAGGCGCCAUGGCGGCCUCGUACAAGACAGAGGUGGAGUCGGUCUCCAUAGGGAUCCCCAACGAAUUCAUGGAGUGUAUCGAAUAUCACAUGUACGAUGAUUUAACAGACUCUGAGUCCUGUGGGCUUAAAGAAACGGAUAUUUGAUGCUAACAGGGAUAACACAACAACCCUUUGGGGGAAGACUUUCCGUUUUGUUUUGUUUCUGUCUUACAUGCAGUUGGCUGUCAACGGUGGAUGUAAUCCAUGU